AUGGACGGACGCAUAAAGUUAUGUGACUUUGGUUUGGCUAAAGAGGUCCUCAAUUGUGAUCCCUAUCUUAUGUCAAAAGCCAAACAUACGGCAGAUGUCGGGGAUCUGUCAUAUCAGGCACCGGAAGCAAUGGGCGAAUAUUACAACCAUAAGAUAGAUAUCUACAGUCUAUCCCUAAUUGGGGCUCAAAUUUUUGGUUGGCAACUAACAAACUUCACUCAAAAGAUAUAAUGAAAAUAUGCACGAUUUUAUGCACAAUAUGAAUGCAUUAUUGGUGUCAAUGAGUGUUAAUAUGUAUUCACAAAACGGUUCAACAGAUUGGAG